GCAGUAAACUGUGAGCACUGUGAGAACCAGAGUGAGAACAUCUCAUGGGGUGUGAGAAUGAUUCAUUUCUAUUUUACUUCAGGCUGAGUGAAUUUUCGAGUUUCGAGUGUUUUGCGCUGGUAAAUAGAAGACAUUGUAGGCUAGCAAAAUGCUUCUUAGAUAGGUAUAGCCCAUUUUAUAUUUGCUUGAAGAAAUUCAACAUAAGUGUCAGGUAGUGACUGGCAGGUGCCGUGAUGCCGCCUCCACCGCCGCCGCCGCCCCCUCCCGGAGCGCCGCCGCCGCCGGCUGCCGGUCCCCCUCGGAAACCGGCCGCCAAGGGGCCCGACCGGGCGGCACUGCUCAGUGACAUCCACAAGGGAGCCAGGCUGAAGAAGGUGGUGACCAAUGAUCGGAGUGCGCCGGCUGUAGGAAAUGUCAAGCCGUCGGGUCCGGCUGGCGGCGGCAGUAAUGGCGUGGGCCGGCCCGGCGCGGGCGGGGGCGGCGGCGGAGCCGCCCCGGUCGCCAACGGCGGCCCGCCCGGCUUGGGCGGCCUGUUCGCCGGUGGGAUGCCCAAGCUGCGGCCGACCGGUCAGGGCCGGGGUCGGACAGAGAUCGGCGCCGGCGGACCGGCCAAGCUCCCUCCCAACCGGCGGCCGGGCGGAUCGGCGCCUCCUCCUGCGCCCGUGCCCGCCCAGUCGUCAUCGUCGGGGCCGUCGCCGGCUCCGGCGGGCAACAACUCGAGCCUGCACCGGUCGCUGGCGGCGCCUCCGCCGCCGCCGGCCGGCCUCAAGCCGAGCGCGUCCACCGGCCAGCUGCCGCCGAGUCGGAGCGUGCCCAGCAGUCCACAGACGGGAGAAAGACGCGCCAUGCGGCCCAGUAACUCAUCGUCAACGCUGCGCAGAGAGGCGCCGCUGGCACCGCCGGCCGGUGCCAAGCCGUUCAUGGUGCACAACGGUUCGGCGACAGUGGGUCGGAAGACCACUGCUCCGCCCUCAGUCCGACCGAGCAUCACACAGAAACCCUCGACGGCACCGCCGCGGCCACCGAACGUGAAGCCCCCACCGCCGCCCAAGUCACCGACUGUCCAGGUGCUGGGCAGCGGACCGCCCAGCCUGCCGGGCCAGCCGCCGCCGCCGCCGCCGCCCGGCGCCAAACCACCGCACGUGGCGCGCGCGCACAGUAUGAGGGCGCGCGGGAGUUAUUCAGAAGAGGAUGACCGACGCAAGUCGCAGGAUGACAUGCGCCUGAACGGCGGCGGCGACUUCGAGCGGCGGUUCGGUGACCGGUUCCACAGUCUGUCCCAGCUGCCGCCGCCGGAACCGCCCACCAACUGCGUCAAAAACUACCCCAGCAAAAAUCAGCGUCCCCGUGGAAAGCGGCCCCCCGCCCCGCCCCCUCCGCCGGCGCAAGUGCAGCUCGGUAAGAAAAUGUACGAGUCAAACACUUCAUACGCCUGA